GUAUUCAGUGACCCAACAUGAUGGUGACGAAGACGAUUCUAGCUCUGUUAAUCCCGGUACUGGUCGGGCAAGCAUCAGGUAUCCUCAAUACAUAUCCUGCACCUCACGGAAUCCAAGCAUCCAGCAAGUUUCAGGUUUAUCUUAGCCAAGGUGGAAACCGAAAAUCCAGUUUCACCUACAUCACCACAUCAGAUCAGCGUGCUAAAGAGGUGUCCCAUGCCAAAGGUGGGCGUUCGGUUUCGUGGACAUCCUUCUCGUUUUCGGGAGGCGCGGUUACCGCCGAGAUCCACACUCCACACGACUUUCACAACUGUAUCGUCAGACCGCAACAUUACGGGUACAAAUGCCAGAGGACCGGAAGUAAAACAGCCCAUGUUACUAUAAGCGGCACGAGCAGAAUGAUGUCUGUAGAGUUUGACUAUGAUUAUGGGAGCAGCAAUGCUGACAUUAAGGACAAGAUGCUGAUUUUUGCAGAUCCACCAGAAUCAAAUGUCCCAAACGAACACGAUAGCUCGGUUCUCUUCUACAAAGCCGGAGUUCACAACUUGAACGGUCAGAUGCACCUAAAUAACAACAUAAAAAUUAUUUAUUUAGCUCCUGGUGCCUGGGUUGAAGGAGGCUUUCUCGCGACUGCUAAUCAUGGAGUUACUCUCCGAGGACGUGGAAUCUUGUCCACGCGAUCCUACAAAUGGCAUGACAAUCGGUUCAGCUGGGGAAUGCUGAACUUUGACCACGGAGGCAAUCAUGUUAUUGAAGGAAUCGUCAUGGUCGACCCCGAACAAUAUUUCUUCAGGGGUCUUAGUGACCACAACACCAUCCGCAAUGUGAAAAUGAUAGCUCCCUGGACGUUUAAUUCAGAUGGUGUGGGAAUGGGACACGAUGCUCUAGUUGAGGAUACGUUCAUCUGGGCCAACGACGAUUCUUUUAAGGUUUAUACAGACAAUAUGGUCGUCCGGCGAUGUGUGGUAUGGCAGGCUCAAAAUGGCGCUGUGUUUCAGUUUGGUUGGUGGAGCGGAAGAGACAUGCAGAAAGUAAGGAUCAGUGACGUCGACGUCAUUCACACCGACUGGUGUACAUUCAAGGGGAGUAACUGUCAUAUCAGUGGGAAUGAUGCCGUCAUUGAUCUGGCUGGGGACACGAAAUCCUUUAAAGUCAGUGACAUUGUUUUUUCUGAUAUCCGUAUUGAAGGCUCGUGUCCUAGAUUGGUCUACUUCAAGAUGAAUCCUGCCUCGACCGGAAGUGUCACCAAUAUGCAUUUUAACAACUGGUCCGUCGAGUCCCAACCGACCCACGACAGUCUCCAUAACGAAAUUCAAGGAUCCAAUAAAGCAUCAGCAUCAGGCUGGACGUUUACUAAUUUAAAGAUCGGCGGCCAUUGUAUCAGUAGUCCUAAUCAGGCUGAUUUUAGCCUCGAAUCUCACACUAACAAUAUUAAAUUUAUAUGUCAUUAA